GGUUCGGCUAGCGGCGCUGUGAUUGGUCGGUCAGGACUCCGCCCCCAGUACAUGUCAUUAGCAUCUCAUUAGUUGUCCGGUCGGGCUCCCGAGGAAGCCACCACCGCCAGUCUGAGGCAGGUGCCCGACAUGGCGAGUGCUGUGCUGCCGAGCGGAUCCCAGUGUGCGGCGGCGGUGGCGGCGGUGGCGGCGGCGGCGGCGCCUCCCGGGCUCCGACUCCGGCUUCUGCUGUUGCUCCUCUCCGCCGCGGCACUGAUCCCCACAGGCGAUGGACAGAAUUUGUUUACGAAAGAUGUGACAGUGAUCGAGGGAGAAGUCGCAACCAUCAGCUGCCAAGUCAAUAAGAGUGACGACUCUGUGAUUCAGCUGCUGAAUCCCAACAGGCAGACCAUUUAUUUCAGAGACUUCAGGCCUUUAAAGGACAGCAGGUUUCAGUUGCUGAAUUUUUCUAGCAGUGAACUCAAAGUGUCGCUGACAAAUGUCUCAAUUUCGGAUGAAGGGAGAUACUUUUGCCAGCUCUACACUGACCCCCCACAAGAAAGUUAUACCACAAUCACGGUGCUGGUCCCACCACGCAACCUGAUGAUCGAUAUCCAGAAAGACACAGCGGUGGAAGGCGAGGAGAUUGAAGUCAACUGCACUGCCAUGGCCAGCAAACCAGCCACGACCAUCAGGUGGUUCAAAGGAAACAAGGAGCUAAAAGGCAAAUCGGAGGUGGAGGAGUGGUCAGACAUGUACACUGUGACCAGUCAGCUGAUGCUGAAGGUGCACAAGGAGGACGACGGGGUCCCAGUGAUCUGUCAGGUGGAGCACCCAGCUGUCACCGGAAACUUGCAGACCCAGCGGUACCUUGAAGUACAGUAUAAGCCUCAAGUGCAUAUUCAGAUGACUUACCCUCUACAAGGCCUAACCCGGGAAGGGGAUGCGCUCGAGUUAACAUGCGAAGCCAUCGGGAAGCCCCAGCCGGUGAUGGUGACCUGGGUUAGAGUCGAUGACGAAAUGCCUCAGCACGCCGUCCUGUCCGGGCCCAACCUGUUCAUCAAUAACCUAAACAAAACAGAUAAUGGUACAUACCGCUGUGAAGCCUCUAACAUAGUGGGGAAAGCUCACUCGGAUUAUAUGCUGUAUGUUUACGAUUCUCGAGCCGGCGAGGAGGGCGCCAUCCGAGCGGUGGACCACGCCGUGAUCGGCGGUGUCGUGGCCGUGGUCGUGUUCGCCAUGCUGUGCUUGCUCAUCAUUUUGGGGCGCUAUUUUGCCAGACAUAAAGGCGUGUUCUCUCUAACCUCCUCCCAGAAUAAAGUGAUGGGGGGCUAUAGUGUUGCAGUUAGGAGCAUGCAUCUUUUAUCGUUUGGACAGGGAAGGGAAAAUGCCAUUACUGUCGUCAACUGAAAUGUCCUACUUGGGUUUUUUGCUCCUACUUCCCUGCCAAAGCCCAUUGCUGCUGCUGAAAGUUUAUAACAUUCACAGCUGUCCUUGAUGGCUUGAUUCUUAACACAGCCAGAAAUGUAGCCUGGGAGAUGCUUAAGACAGUUUAUGGAAAAUAAUAGAUUUCCUUGCAGAGACACCAGUGCAUCGAGAAGGGUCUUGAGUCACGUUAGACCCAGCCGAGAUCACCAAUUUUCUCCCUUUCCAGCUUCAGUUACAAAAGCU